GAAGUGCUUUUAUGGAUUUUCCUUCAUCAGUAACGAUGAACGCCUAAAAUUUGAAAGUCGGAUGGAUAAAUAAUGAAUCACGCAAAUAUAGAUCUAUACGACCAAAGGGACCUAAAAGUAAUAGACAAAUCCGUGUAAGGUCAACUUUGUCUGAGGGAUUAGGAACCUUAGUUUCUUUGUAAUUUCUGAAUUUUUCAACGGAGAAUUUAACAAAGUAAAAUACAUUACCAGAAUGCAUUGUAAGCCAUGUGAACAGAACGGUGAUGUUAUACUUGCUGAAACUUGGUGCAUUGAAUGUGAGGAAAGAUAUUGUGCAGCUUGUAUCAAAGUUCACAAAGUCACAAAAAUAUCAAAGCAUCAUCAAUUAAUUUCUAUCGCUGAUCGACAUAAAGCAGGUAGUUUAGAAAUUAAAAGAAACUGUAAUGAACACCAAAAGAAAUUAGGAUUUUUCUGUACCCAACAUGACACAAUUCUGUGUUUGAAAUGUGUGCAACUUUUCCACAGUAGUUGCGACAUCCUAGAACUCAAUGAUGCCUCAAAGGGUGUCAAAACAUCUACAGCAUUAUUGGAUUUGGAGUCUUCUAUCAAAGAAUUACUGGAAAACUUAGAAACAAGCAUACAAUCAUGCAAGGAAGCUGAUGACGAACUUAAACUUCAAAAAGUAAAAAUAGAGAUGAAAAUACAAGCUUUUCGUGAAAAAAUUAAUAAGAGACUAGACACUUUACAGCAGCAGUUAAUACAAGAGGUUAUGUCAUGUUUUGAAAAACACCAACUUCAACUAGUUGAGUAUCAAAACAACUUUUUACUUCGAGAAAAAAAAUUAAUGGAAAGAAAGGAAAAAACUUAUAUAUUGAAAGCCUUCGCGUCUGAUGCCCAAGCUCUAAUUGGGAUAAAAGAAAUUGGUGCAUCAGUGUUGAAAGAUAAGCAAUUUAUAAAAGAAGCAGUCAGUAAGUUUCCUGUUCAUACAAUUACUUUAUCUGUUGAUUCUCAACUGGAAUCACUUCUAACGGAACUGAACAAAUUUGGUGCCAUCAAAGAUGAAACAUCAGUUUGUGCAAAAUACUACAUUGAACCAAAGGAUAAACAGGUUCGGCAUUCGGAUAUCUGUGUUCCAGUUUCGCAGCAAAGAAAGAAAUUUCAAUUACAACUGAAAGAAAAAAUAUUUAUACAAUCCGGUUACCACACAAUGAAUUUGACAAGCUGUGUAAUAUUACCAAACAAUAAACUGAUGUUCGCAGACGGCAACAACAGAAGAUUAAUUAUACAUGACGAGGAUGGACGAUUUGAGCAUUACAUUCAACUGACAGAUCAACCAUUUGAUGUCACUGUUUUGAAUGAGACCACCGUAUAUGUAACAUUCCGAAGAAAAUCAGAAGACAAGAACAUUUUUGUUGCGUAUGACUAUCAAACAUAUCGACUUAGGGAAACGAUAAGUAUUUCAGCAGAGAAGAACAGUAUUUCUCUUUGGGGAAUAAGUCAUAAUGACGAAUGUGAGUUGUUUAUUGUGACAUACCCAGAAGGUAUCAAGAUAAUAACGGAUGAUAUGCGAGUGGAAAAACUUAUUCCUAUCAAUAUUCACAACAAAUAUAACCUUACAAUAAAUAAAGAUAAAAUGUAUUUAACAAGAAGAGACAAUAACACUUUGUAUUGCUAUAACACAUUCGGGAAGAAGCUUUGGACUUUCACUGAGGAAAAGCUGAAAUGUAGUUCAAAUUCAUCAGUACCGCUGACCUCCGAUAGUCAAGGAAAUAUUUACCUCGCCUGUCCGUUGGAAGACGUUGUUCUUCUUGUAUCAAAAGAGGGAAAACACCACAAAACUGUUCUUGACAGAUCAGAUAACAUUAGCAAUCCACGUGGUAUUUUCUUUGACAAGAAAACAAGUCGACUUUUGGUGUGUAGCCAAGAUAGUGGCCAUGCUGCAUUGUACGAUGUUGUUGGGGAACAUGAAUGUUUCUGAGAUUGUGGCUUCUCGCCUGUGAAUGAACAUAUUUUUUCAAAGUUAAAAUAUUAGGAUAAGACCGGAUGACAGAUUUUUAUUACUCUCGUGUUUAAAUUGUCGAUGUUUCAAAAGUCACUAUUAAAUGACUCUGUAAACCAGAUGAUAUAAAGUCGGAUUCAAUUUCAUUUCUAUGUAUUCGAUAUUUUAUGAACCAAAAAAAAACAAAAAUUUCUAAAUCUUGUUAAUGUUCAAUUGCAGGGACUCAUAAUUUAAUUUUUAAACAGAAACAAACUCUUAAAGCCAUUUGUAAAUUUCUGGCUAAUAAUUUGUGACAAAGAAAGCAUGUACGUUGAUUUAAGCCCCAAUGGAUUUUCAAAUAUCAAUUUUUGCAUUUUGCUUGAAGAUUUUAAAUUUAUUUUCUUUUGUGAACUUGUUUUUAAAACCGGCAAAUGAAAUCGUCAAAUUUCAUAAAUGAAUAGUAAAUGAUAUUUAAAUAUAAAAAUAUUAUUUAAAAAUGUAUGCAUUAUUUUAGUUGCCUGAUUUCAUAUUUAAAAAAAAGGUUAAACAAAAAGGAACAAACCCAACUAUCCUGGCAGGUUUGUUUAGUUUUCGACAUCGAAAGUCAUUAUAGGAAACCAUUAAUUCGGUUUUAGAAAUAUUGAAAGGGUUCCUCCAUUAUCGUCAAGCUAUACCAGCAAUAGCAUCAGUGUAAACUUAUCAAAAAUCUUUAUUUUGGUCUUUGACGAAAUAAAAAAAAAGACGACGAAUAACGCUAGUAUCGUAAGAAUUUGUAAGAUUUACAAAUGUAGAAUUUGGAACGUUAUGCUGAGAAAUUUUCGGCACAUACAGCUUUUUUUGCUUAAAACUAGUUAUGUUCACAUAUAUUUUCUUACAUGUAUGCUCCUGUGACUAAAAUUGCUUGUGUUCCCUGUUAAUUUGUUAUAGCCACAAUGUCGUCAUCCUUUCUUCGUGAACGAUUAGUAGACAAAAAUGACAUAUCUUAAGAUUUUUACUUUCCAUGAGAAAUUCAAUGGGUGCCACUUAGGGGAAAAACCCUACUCUUCCGUAAAACCAGAUUUCACUUUAAUCGCUCAGGUUUUUUUCCUUUGAUAUAUGUUUUUGUUUUACUUAUCGUUGAAGGGCUUCCAAAAUAUCGUAUAUGACCUUUUUUGGUAAAACUACUUUUUCACAAAAGCUGUUUUGGCGAGGGGGGGGGUAUGUGAUAUUCUAAAAUCAAAACAUUGGAAAUAAAACAUGUGACAAAAUUGCCGAUCUCAAUUGUGUGUAAAGUUUGCUUCAAAAAAGUGUAUGUAAACUUAAACAUGUUAAAAAUUGUUGUAUAUUGACUUUGGGAUUUAAAAACUUGCACAUUUCUUCAUUUCUGUGAUAAUAAGACUAGUUUUUGUGUUAUCCAGAAAUGUCUAAGUUCUUAUUAUACAGCAAUUCACAAAAAUGUUCAAGUUUACAUACGACUUUUUGGAAGCAAAUAUUUCAAUCAAAUUUUCAAAGGCCUUUUAUGAGAUUUUUUUGUUAUUGAAAAAUUGAUGAUUCACUUGAUAUUGAAAGCCUAGAUCUUAUUUGACUACCCUUUUGAAAUUCCUUAUCUUUACUAUUGAAAAUUUUUGUAUUUAAUUUGUGCUAUUUUUAAAUUAUUUAUCCACUUAACUUAAAUUGUACUUUAUCGAGAAAAUGUAUACUAUAUCUUGUAUGUACUAUCAACUAAAAAAACUUUUUUGUCGGCGGCUUUGUCAGAUUUACUUUCGACUACAAUAACUUUUUAGUUGGCGUAUUUGUUAGAUUUAAAUUUUAUAAUUAUUUGAAUCCUUAGUCAGUUGUGUUUUAUAUAUGUGAUGUAUGUUUAAAGAUGGCUGCUGGUUCCUAAUUAUUGUUAGAUUAACCUUUUAUGUAGGUUUGAGUUGCUCACCCAAUUUUGCCAAUAUAACGGAAUUAUAAACAAAUGACAUACAAGGGGAAGUUUUAGCUAGCUAUAAAACUAAGUUAAUAUAAAUAAAAUGAUGUGGUAUGAGUGCCAAUGAGACAACUAUCCAUCGAAGUCACAAUGUUUAAAAAGUUAACAAUUGUAGGUCAAAGUACGGCCUUGGCUCACACCGAACAGCAAUCUAUAAAGGGCCACAAAAAGACUAGUGUAAAACAAUUCAAACAGGAAAACCAACGGUCUAAUCUGUAUAAAAAACGAGAAACGAGAAACAUUUAUGAACCACACCAACAAACGACACCACUGAAUAACAGGCUCCUGACUUAGGACAGAUGCAUAAAAAUGCCGCGGGUUUAAACGUUUUAACACGCGCCAACCUUCACCCUAACCUGAAACAGUUGUAUAACAUUACAACAUAAAAAGACACACAAUGAAAUAUCAAUUGAAAUGGCUUAACUCGAUCAAAAAGACAAUACACAAAAACAAGAAAAUAUACACUGAACGAAUAAGUUUCAUUUAUGACUCAAUAUAAAAAAAAAGAUGUUUCAAUGUCAAAAAGACAACUUUAACCUAGGACAAACUGGCGUUAAAUAAAGUAACGUACACAGGUACAUUUAAAUAUAAUAAUUUUGUUGUUAGGAGUACAGAAACAUUUUUUACAAAAUAAAUUUGUUAUUCAUAGAACGAGUACAGAAGUGAAAUCUUUUUUCGUCAUACUAAAUACUUAUAAAAAUAGUUAGGCGAGAUAUAACACGAAAUAAGUAAAUAUUCAGAAAUGCAUUACAAAUUGUGUCAACAGGUCAAAUUAACACGAAAGUACGAUUUGAGAGUACUCGCAGUUAAUUAAAGAUAGUUAAAAUCCAAAAAACAAUUAAUAAUAAAAAAUCAUGCAUCAGAGACUAAAAUCAAUUAAAACAAAUCCCAGGCAGGGAUUUAGUGUUGUAACGCCAUGGACAGUCAAAGAAGACAUAACUUGUGCAAUGCCAAAAUAAAAGUAACGACAGGCUGUAGGAUAGUUAGGAUUUAACCUUAUAAUAAAUAUGUAUGAUGUUAUGUAUAGAUAAAACAAUUUCUAAAUAGAAAAUAAACGUGGAUGUGUAUAUACAUCCCAAAAACCAUUCGAAAAGAAUACAAAUUAAAUUUUGUUUUAAUUUGUUGAUAACAAAAUCGAUGUUAGUGCCAAUGAAAACACUAUUCAAAGAUCUUAUUUCAACAUUAAUAAGAUAACCUUUACUAAUAAAAUUGUUGAAAGGUUCGAUAAGUUUACACGGAUCACAUAGUCAAAUUACUGUAUCACUAGCCUGUCAACACUGAGGUUUUGAGUUCGAAUCCGGCACGUAUUCCAAUUUUAAUUGACUAGGAUUGUCAGUUUUCCUACCGAAGGCCCGUGGUUCUCUCCGGGCACUCGGCUUCCUCCAGCACAAACAAGGCUAAAGAGAUAAUAUACAAGAGAAAUCUGAAAGAACAGAAAUGUUCAGAAAGUCGGUUCCUACCUACUUUCCAUCUGUUUAGCAAAAUUUUCAGUAGACUAAUUGUAGGAGUAAUUGUGGAUAAAAUGAGGAUUUUUACCUAGUAUGUUCUGCCAUUUUGGCUUUUAUAUCGAAAAUUAUAACAGAUAAUAGGCAAAAAUCAUAAGCGGGAUAAACUCAUCAAAUAAACUAAAUUGUCGAGAUCGUCAGUCGACCCUUAAUAGGGAUUUUUACCCUGGAAUUACGAUUUAUAUUCAUAUUAGUGUUUUAUCUUCUUUUCAUGAUUUCUGACAAAAAACCUUAACUCGAUGUGAACAAUAAUGUUUGUCAACUUAUUCCAUAGAUUUGAUUUCCGACAGUUAAAAGCAUAUGAAACGAGUUUCUUGUAAUUUUAAUGUUAAGGACAUUUUUGAACCAAUGCAUGCAUAUCUACUAAACUAAGUCCUCGUUUUUCACAUUUAUUACGAUUCAACAACGUAUUAACGACAAAUAAUAUUUCGAUUCAAUGAUUGUUGAUCGAAAGCUAAUUAGUUCUCGAGUUUGUUGCCGAAGUUUACCGGGUCGUGACCUUAAUAAAUAAUCAACACAGAAUGAACAAGCACGUGAAAAAUAAGUGAAUUGAUAGAGCGAUGUUAACUUUUUAUAUAUAUUCCAUGCGUUCCUAUUUGUCAAUUUAACUUUUCCAUACCAGUUACAUGUAUUAAAAGAUCUGGGAUAUUUGAUUUGUUCCUUAAGGAUAAGUGAUUUCAAUUCACCUUCCAGUGUACGUUUGUUUACAUUCUUUCAUUACAGGAUUUCCCUUGCACUUGAUAUGUGCGGUGGCUGAAGUUCUUACAUUGUACGAGAUGUCUGGUAGUUAAGGUCACUGCGUAGGGAAACAUAUCGGCGAAUUAGAGUACGGGAAGACAAUGAUUGAAAAGCAAUACAAGAUUUUAAUAAGAUAAAGGAUUUUACUUUACAAGAACGUCCACGUUCGUUUGUUUUAUAUUGAAACUUAGCCAUUCAAGUUAAUAAAACAUAUUCAACUUUUUUUUAAAUUUGAAAUAUCAUAUGGCUUUAAUGUUGUAAAGUGUAUUUCUGUUUAUCUAUGGCAACAUUCUGUAUUUAUUUGCCAAACAAUAUGUACGAAAACGUAUGCAUAUGUCAUAUGUUACAUGUGUCGCAUGAAUUUGGUUAGAAGUUUCGAAUAAUUCAACAUUUUAUAACCAGUUAAUUAACAAAAAAUUAACAUAACUUUUUUAAGAAGUAGAAUUAGAAACAAAACAAAACUUCUUAAAAUUUUUCGACCAAAUUACCACAACUCUAACUGAUAUCAGAAGGAUCUCUUACUUUAUAAUCACAAUAUUUUUGAAAAUAUAGAAUUGCAUAUUCAUAUAUACUUUGCGUAUUAUUAUUUCUUAGAAAGCUGUUUGAGUUUUUUUUUUAAGCAGAUGGUAGUAAAUAUAUUAAAUGCAUACACCGUCAAAAUUUCAUGUUUGUCUAUUUAAUAUUUUCUUAAUUUCUUCAAAAUACUGGUCUGGACAUCUGUUUUAUAUAUUGCCCUUUCAUACUAUUUUAAACUGCUAGGUUUUCUUACAUAUAUUUCGAUGUACCCCGUGCCGUCUAUCAUUUGUUGUUUACUUUUAUAUGAAUUGUCUAUCAUUAAUUGUUUCGAAUGUAUUGGUCUUUUGUUGGGCAAUGUAUGACAAAUAUAUGUUGAAAAACCUCGCCCGUAAUUAUAAAUUAUGUAAUUCAUUGACCGAUCCCGACAUGUGUAACUUCAAAGCAUAUUUUAGCGGCGAUCGAUGUAUUUCAAAAUUACUGCACUUUUCUUGUAUCCCUGGUUUCGACUGGAGAACCGUCCGUACAUACCAUGGCAUUGUUACAUUUGGUGUUCUUUGUUCUUACAGUUAUUAUUUGACAGAAUAAAAUUAUAUAGAAAUAUUUAA